GGUAUAACAACAGCAGCGUCGACUAGAGAUUUAGAUAGGAGAUACGUUCUUUGAACAAUUAAAGUCGGCUCGAUAGCAGGCUGUAAGGCGUAUAAGGCGAAAACAUAAAUCUCGCAUAUUUCCUAUUAUGUUCCUGCUUUGACAAAACCAAACCGCUUUCCACAGGAGGAAAUUGAGCUGAACAGCUAAAAUUGAACAGAAGCAAAAUGUGAACUGAAACCUUUUGGACGUCGAAAGGGACAGGCGAACUACUAAUUAAAUAUGCGUAUAUCCGUAUAGCGAUUCUUAUAACCGAACUGAUUUGCGACUUGCAAAAUCUUUUUUAGAGCUGCGUGUAAUUGCAUUCAAAUUCAUUAACACUUGACAAAAUCCGGGAAAAUCUUCCGUCAGAGCAUAAAUUACUCAAGUGCGCUCGAAAUAAACAACUAACUCUGGAUUAUGUAACUGUCAUAUGUAUAUGCAGUAUUUAAAUAAUUUUCACAAAAUAUUCAAAUUGGCAAGGUAGGCGCCAUGGCGCCACCAACCGAGACAAGGCUCACAUCCGGCUCCAGGCAGCACCGCAAGUAUGGUCACAAAUCAGCUAGAAAGGAAGGUUAUCCCCCUCCUUACCACUCCACUCCACGCUCCCAGUGCCAGCCACCCCAUAUAAGGGAGGAUCCAAGCAAACCGGCUCCGUCUGCUUUUUUUUUGUUGCUGCUUGAUCGAAAGUCGCCCAAAGUUCCUCUGAUAAGCAAUCUGACGCACGGCUCUUGUCUAAGGUUGUUGUGACAUCAGUUUUGGAUUCCACAUCCACUCGAAAGCAGUCCCUGUGCGACCCCCAUCUAAUGACAGGUGUGAUAUGGAGUGGCACGUGGCCACUGUACAGGAUCAGGCAAAGGAGCAGCCGCAGCCCCGUACACCCUGGCUGAGCAUAUUCACAUCGCCUUCAUUCUUAGUGCUGAUCGUGGCACACUCCACUCACAACUGGGGCUUCUGGACCCUGCUGACUGAGAUUCCCAGCUACAUGAAGAACAUCCUGGGCAAGGACAUCAAGUCGAACGCCCUGCUCUCGUCCCUUCCCUACUUCUGCAUGUUCUGCAUGUCGUUCGUCUUCUCCGCUAUAUCCGCCCAGUUGAACAACCGCAACUGCAUCUCCACAGCCACCAGUCGCAAGCUGUUCAACACGAUUGGCACCUGGAUCCCCAUGGUCACGCUUAUCGCACGCGGCUAUACGUGUGCGGACCAGGGCACCUUGGCUGUUGUCCUGCUCUGCUUCACCGUAGGCACGAACGGCGCCACUUACCUGGGCUUCAACAUGAACCACAUAGAUCUGUCGCCGAACUUUGCCGGCAUCCUGAUGGGCAUCACCAACUGCGUGGGCAAUAUCAUGAGCAUAAUCGCCCCGCUAGUGGUUGGUGUCAUUGUCACUGAUGAGAAAGAUCCCGAUCUGUGGCGCAUAGUAUUCUUCAUUGCCGCUGGCUUCUACCUGGUGGGCAACGGGCUGUUCGUGAUCUUCGGUAAGGCCGAAGUGCAACCCUGGAACGAUCCCCCGGCGAAGCCCAGGCGCAGUUUUCCACCAAAAUUUCCACCGAUCAGAUCCGAUCCGAUCCAGUGGUCGGCCAACUGUCAAUCCUAAUGGAGCAAUGGAGCGCUAUGCAAUGCAUUUUCGCAUUGUUCGAACUAAUUCGCGCUCCGUGUAUAUUUUUGUAUAUUUGUAAACUAUUCGUUACUGUACUCUGUAUUCGAGUUCCCCUCGUCUUAGGUUUAGUUAUAGUGACUAAUUAUGUAAGGGCACUCACAAAGUGAGGCGAAAAUAAUAAUUAUAUUGUACUAUAUGUGUGCUGUAUCUGACUACAGCUACAGCAUGUGAAAAGAAAA